UCAGCACAAAACUGAGAUGGAUAAAAGAGAUGGCAAGUUUGGAUCGGCAGCAGCAGCAACAAUGGCAGUGCCUCCUGUUCAACAAAUGUCCCGUAUAGAUCAUUCUUUACCCCCUUCAGUUGGAUAUCUGCCUCCACCAGCCUACAGCUACCCACCACAUCAGCAACCUCAGGGCUCUUACCCACCUCCACAUUAUAAUUACUACCCACCGCCUCCACAUUUCCAUGGAUAUCCUCCACCUACCCAAGGCUAUUACCCACCGCCACAGCCCUAUGGGUAUUUCCCACCUCAGCCUUAUGGAUAUUCCCCCCCACCUCAACAAGCCCCAGGCUCCCCCCCUGAUUUACAAUCCCAUGUAUACCCUCCACCACCUCCACAAAACCAAGGCUCUUCCCCUGUUUCGCACACCGAGGGAUACACUCAGCCCCCUCAACAAGCCCAAGCCACGACCCAUGCUUCAGAAAUCUCACCUUCACAGGCUCAAGGCCCUUCUCCUCCAGUACAAUCUCAUGAACAUCCCCAAGCUCCACCAGAACAGAGCCAUUCCCCUGCUGGUGCUGCUCAUCCGCCUCCAAGUCAUCGUGUGUAAACGGUAAAUCGAAAACUUGAGACGGUAAUGUGGGUAGUAAGAUCCGGGAAAACUGGCUCUUAAAGCCUUACUGGAUGACCAAGUAUAUCAACAAUCAAUUUAUACCAUAUCUUUCCUUCUGUCUAUACUUCAUGAGCUGUGUUUUCUAUACCGUGCCUAUGGUUAUUUGAUACUGUCAGCUAAUUUUGCAGCCGUUGACAGUUGAUUCUUUGUAGUUUGCAUCCUCAGACUUUGUCUAUUAACCAACUUUGCUCCAGCGCCGUAUCUGUUUCCUCCUCCUUUCCAGGCGAAUAAUAGAAUCCUGCUGCUUUUUAAACUUCGCCACUAAAUAGGCAUUCGACUAGCAAGUUGGUGCCUUUUCACAUUCUUAGAUUAGUGGUUUGCUUGACAUGAUGUUUUACGGGUCAAGGUCUACCACUAGCCAUUUUCCUUUUUGGUUGUUUUCUGCAGGUGCUCUAGAGAAUAUUGCUUGCAAUUGUGAAUGUUUAAUUUGGUUCGUUAACUUUCA